AUGUCUUCCAUCUUCGCCUCCUUCUCCCUCCUCGCUCUCGCCGUCCCGGUCAUCUUGGCGAUAUUACCCCUCUUUCUACCAGCUCAUUGGUCAGAGCCUUAUUCGUGGUGGGAUCCUUUGAUCCUCAAUCGUCCUCUGGCAGGGGGUGAGGCAACCACACGAUGGACUAACAUGGGCUAUUGGGAGGGAACGGAGGAAUUCGCCGAUGCAAACGAACAACUGGCCAGGAAAUUACUCGAUUUCUCUCGAGCAAGAAAGGGAGGGAACGUACUUGAUCUCGCUCAUGGUGCUGGGGAAUCACUAGCUCUCCAUCUAUCUCAAAGCCCACCACCGGCUUACCUCGGAGCCCUCACUUCAAACCCUUCCGACACCUCGCUAGCUCAAAAGAUGAUAUCAGAAAGGAAUUUAAACACGUCCACCCCAAUCGAAUGGUUCACCACCUCGGCAUCAUUCAAACCCACUUCUGACAUCCAUCAUCCCCUCAAUCCCAUGCGAGGUUAUUUAGGCGAACCACAGACACAUUUGACGAGAUAUGAAGAUGAGGACGAAACUCAGCAAUCUUCCCAAGACGACGUCGGGCCGAGGAAAUACGAUCUGAUCUAUAUUCUCGAUGCCAUUUAUCAUUUUCCACCUUCGCUUGAGGGCUUCAUAAAAUCUAUAUUACCCACUCUGAAAUCUGGAGGGGUUGUGGCUUACACUGAUAUCUUACCUCCCCAAAAUCUUAACAUCGUGACCCGUCUGAUUGUGGCUCGGUUGUUCGGAGUACCUGUGGAUAAUUUGAGACGUGAUUGGGAUCUUGAGACGUAUAAACGGGUGUUGCAAGAGAUUGGUUACGUCGGGGUGGAGGUGGAAGAUUGGAGUGAUCAUGUCUGGUCAGGCAUCAGUGAGAACCUCCGCAAAAGAAGGGGUGUCUUGGGAUUAUUGAGCAGGGGGUUCCGAUCAGCUGAGCGAUCUGGAUGGAAGUUUGUAGCCGUCAGAGCGGAAGCUCCUGAAUUAUCUGGGGAUGCAGGUGAGAGUACAUAA